AUGCCAGAGCAUCCUCUCCAGAUGAAUGAACUGUCAGGCAGCGAGGACAGGGUCUUCAUGGGCUUGGCUUCCUACCUUCCUCCGACCAGGACUUUGAGGAGCGUCGGGAGCAGACACUGCGCAGCUGCCGGGGGGACUGCCAGUUUCAUCUCUCGAACAUCUUCAAAUAACAUGGUCGUAACUGAUCAGCAGAGUCAUGGAGAUACGAAACAAACACAGAAUUCCACAACAAUACCAAUCACACAGACUCUCAACGACACUCUGAGCAGACAAAGACAUUUGGAAAACGAACCUUGGAAUGCAUUCAGCCAGCAUACUCCAGUUAAUGUCUCUAUGGAUGGAAUUCCCUGCAUUCUUUUCUGGGCCAAACGAAUAAUAAUAAAAUUUAAGAAUCAGACCUGGCUGAAUUUUACAGAUGAAGCUUUUGGCCAGAAGGCAGCAGUGGACACUAGCAACUCAAACUGCAGUGAAGAAAGUGCCACUUUAUCUCUGAAGUUUGGUGAUGCUGAAAGUCCCAAAGGUCUUGAUAUAAGAUUCACCCUUACCAAUUACAAAAAGUCGUACAUCCGGAGCUGGUUUAGUUUGCACCGAGUCGAGAUUAUUUUCAAUAAUUCGAUCCAAGCAACUUUUAACGGCACUGGCAUAUAUGCGCCCUCCAGCUCUUCCUACCACUGCCAGCGUGUCAGCAGCCUGCAGCGGUAUGAUGCCCUCUUGUUGCCCAGCUACGCGGAUGAUACGUCAAGCCUGUGGGAGGUCACUUUUGUUGAUUUCCAGAUCCAAGGCUUUACCAUCAAGGGGAGGCAGUUUGCCAAGGCCCGCGACUGCGCCUCUUCCUUCUCCCCCGCCAUUCUGAUCGGUCUGGCCAUGUCCCUGGUCCUGCUGCUCGUGCUGGCCUACGCUCUGCACAUGCUCAUCUACCUGCGGUACCUGGAGCGGCACUACGAUUUCAUCGCCUCUCCGGCCCACUUCCCCCACCUGAGAGCUCGAGAUGCCGCAGAAGAGAAGGAGCUGCUGAGGAGCCAGGGAGCCGAGUGCUAUGAACUGAGAAGCCAGCAGACCUGCCAACCUUACGUGUAACAGCACAGACCCUCUUCCUGACGAAGUCCGCAGCGGGCGAUGAAAGGAGUGAUCUCCGUGUGUCCUCUUUGACUUGCGAUAUAAAGUUUUCACCCUAUGGCUUGAUUAAAAAAAAAAAAAGGAAAUAGAUGGAAAAAAUACAUUUUGGAGCAUCCACUGGCCUAAUUGAGCCAAUGGAAAAGUUCUCCUGGGAACCCUUAGAGAUAAAUAUGAUUAUUGCCCCAAACCUACUUUGAAAGCAAAGGAGUAUUUCAAAUUAAGGGAAAAAAAACAAAGCACAAAACAAAACUCAAGAAGCAAACAACAACAGCAAAACCCAAAACCAAUGAUCCAUUUAGAGAAGGGAAAACAUACUUGGUCCUCCUUGUUGUGCCAGUUUGGAUGUGAUAAGUAUAGAAAGAAUAAGUCCAAGGUUAUCUGAAAGUUCUGAAUUUUAAGAAUUUUGUAACAGUUUGUAGUUUUAGAAAUUAUAUCCCAAUGUUGUUUUAAAAAUUAGUCUCUUUCACAGAGCUGCUUAGGGAAGAGUAUUGUCAUUAUGGUAGAACACUUUAUUCAAAGGCUUUCUUGUCAUUUUACUUUGCUGUUCAGAGGCAGCCCAGUUCAGUUUGUGGAGGGAGGGGUAAUAGUCUUAGAGUUUCUUCUCUUUUCUAUCUGGCUUUCGUGCCAAGGCCUGUCUCAUUUGUCUGGUGCAGACCUGCAGUAACCCUCCUCGGUGCCACCUGAAAUAAACAACUGAGCUGAGAACACUGUGCUCGCUAUGCAAACACAGGUUCAAGGCAAAUCCCGUAAACCCCCUUCCAAUGAACUAGUGCUCCUUAAACUCUUCUUUCAUAGCAAUUCUGCUGUUACUGCCACUCUUCUUACAACCCCCUUUUUUCUGUAUGGAUUUCUCUAUAGUCUUUUCCAGCUCCUGACAGAUACUAAAGAUUGUCUUGCUCUGGAUUUUCACCAAAGCUUCUCUAAUAUGUCUUGUAUAUUAAAGAGAUUUUUUGUGUCAAAAGUACAUUGCAUUUCCCUAAUGAGGGUUCCAUACAUGAUCUGCACAAAACUUAGAAAGCUCAUGGGAACAAUGUGGGAGAGAGGGUCCUGCACAGAGAAAUUGGAUCUUUCGGGAAGCUGUGGUAAUGAGUUUACAGUCUCAUACCGUCUUUGACAUCAAGUGUGAGUGACAAUGAUUGGGGUUUCUGAUAAAACAGUCUUAUGUUGGACUUUCUUUUGGUUAUGUUAUUCUUGGCUGUGAAUAUAGAUUUGGUUCCAGCCCUCCUCAGAAUUGUGUAAGCUCCUAACAUUUUAUAGUGAAUUUGUUUGUUUGUUUGUUUUAGCACUGGAGUAAAUUCUGUGGUCUAUAGCUAA